AUCACCAUGGCUACAACGCCCAAGAAGCAAAGCGCCGGCCGCAAGAAGAUUCCCAUAGAGAAAAUCACCGAAAAGAGUAACCUCCAAGUCUCCUUCUCCAAACGCCGCGCCGGUCUCUUCAAGAAAGCCGGCGAACUCUGCAUCCUGUGCGGCGCUGAGAUCGCCGUCAUCGUCAUGUCACCGGGAAACAAGUUCUUCUCCUUCGGACACCCCAGCGUCGAUGCCGUGGUCAACCGCUACCUCAGCGGAGGGGCUUCAUCAUCGGAGCCGGCCGCCGCCGUCCAACUUCCGACGGCAGAGUACAACCAGAGCUACGCGGAGGCGUUGAGGGAGUUGGGGGAGGACAGGAAGCAAGCGGCCGUUAUCGAGGAGUCGAAAACAGCGGCAUCUUUUGGCAACGGCGGCGGCGGAGAGUUCUGGUGGGACGGGCCUAUUGAUGGAAUGGAGUUGGAGGAGCUGGAGCAGUUCCAGGCUUCGAUGAAGGAGUUGAAGAAGAACGUGGAGGCGAGGGCGGAGGCGCUGGUGGAGGGCGACAUCGGGUAUACGUUUCCUUUGGCGUAUGCGACGGCGUCAAAUCAUGUUGCCAUCCAGGGCCACACGGGUGAAGCCAGUACUUCUUUGGCUCCUCAUGGCUUUAAGUUUGGAUGCUGGUAAUUUUGAGGUUGUUCUGUUUUUCUAUUCUUUUUUUUUUUUUUUUUUAAUGCCUGAAAUAAACUAUUGAUUAGUAUAUUAAUAGGGUAUUUAAAAGAACUUGAAUAUUAAAUAAA